AAGGUCAUGUUCGUUCAGCUAUCUUCUUCGUAGUAUAGCUGGGGACUAUUUAUCGAUAACUUGCUACUUAGUGUACACAAGACACGUACGGAAAGUGGUAAUUACGUAAGGCCAUUUUAUUACUAUGACAGAGAACAAGGACGUACGUGAAGCCAACUUACUAAGGCUUAAUACGAAUAAAACUAAAGGAAACCCGGGCAGCUUCUACAACAGCGAGCUGGAUGACUUUCCACCUUCUCUGAUCAGCUACUUUGAGAUCUCAAAAAGCCGAGCAGCCGCCUGUGAGAAGCUGAUCCUCGGGGAACUCGAAGACGAUAAAACAGAGACUGAGAAAGAUUUUCCGUUGAACGUCGGCGACCGUCGGCCAGAGCGGGAGAAACCUCGCCAUGAGCAGCUGCAGAAAACAGAGCAAAGGCAGCAGAGAGAGACAGACUUCCAGGAAGAGCUGAGGAGGAUCACAGAGGCUGAAAAGUUUCAGCAGAUGGAACUUGAGCUCAGGAAGAGAACCGCUCAGGAGAAACUUGAACAGGAGCUGCAGCUUCAGCAGGAGCUCCUCUGUAACUUCAAAAAGCAAGUGGAGAAAGAGAGGAUGAUGAUUGAAGAGGAGGGAAGAAGAAAAUCGGAGGAGGAAGCGAAGGUAAGGGAGAAGGAAGAGAGGAGAAAAAAGGAAGAGGAGAACCAAAGGAAAAGACGGGAGGAAAACCAAAGAGGCAUCGAAGUGAGGCUUCAAAAAGAAAGAGAGGGGAGAGUGGCGGAAGAGACGAGGACACAAGAGGGAGCUGAAAAGAGAAAACGCAAACAGGAAAAAAACACUGAGGAAGACGGAAUAAGGAGGGAGAAGGAAGAAGUGAGACGACUGGCAGCACAGGGACAGAGGAAAAAGAAGGAAGAGGAAACAAAAACGGAAGAGAAGAGAUGUUUUAUGAUAACUGGAAAGAAGGUGAUGGAGGAUGAAGUGAGAAAAAGGGAUCAGGUAACGCUUAAGGAUGAACUGAACACAGUGCAAGAGAAGGAUGAUGAAGAAAAGAGACUACAGGAAGAUUUAAGAUUUAGUUCCCUUUGUGAGGUUAGGGUGAAUCAAGAAGAGAUGAGGAAGGAAGAGGAAGAUGAAGAAAGAGAAGACAGGAAGACUUUAGAGAAGGAAAUGCAACACAGAGAAAGUGAAGAUAGCAGAAAGAUGCAUAACUGGAAGAGUCUUUGUUUUGAAAGUGAGCGCCUUAUAAGAAGGAAAGAGGAGACGGGAAGAGGCAAAGAGAUCGGACAGAGGUUAGAGAUUGCUACACAGAGAGGAGGAGAGGAACGAAGAAACACAAAACAAGAAACCAAAGUUCAGCAAGAAAUGAAGGGAAGUAAAGGAUAUGAACGACAGAAUAGAGAAGGAGAAGAUUUGGAAAAAACAGAGGAUGAAGAGAAGAUACAGGAAGAGUUGAAGGAUCCUGUGGAGAAAGAUGACAACCAGAUGAAAGACAAUGGGACAAAAGGUGAGGAAGUGGACAGAGCUGAAAAAGACGAACAGGUAGAUACAGCUGAAGACAGAGGAGAUGUGGACGCAAAAACAGAUCUGCAGCCGAUUAAUGGCAAUAAUCUGGAAGAGAACAAGGGAGAAAAUGAUGUUUCAGAAUCACAGAAUUCAGGCAGAACUGGUCAGCGGGCCUCCCUAAUGCCUGAUCCAACACCUAGUGAGGCCACAGCAAAACGCAGCAUCUGUGAAACCCCCCCGCUCCGUCACCCAGACGACAACAUCUCAGACACCUCCACAUUACAAACUGUUGGCCAAAUACAUCCAGAGUCACAGCCUUCUGCCUCUUCCUUCUCUCUGCCCGCUUCCCUUCCUGAGUGCACGGAGCUGAAGAGGUUGUCUUGGAUGGAACACUGUGUGUCCUGGUCUGAAUUGUCCCUCCAGAACAAGAGGAAGGAGAGGGAUUCCUUCCAGAGCCAGAGGAGGACGAGGAGGGCAGGUGGACUUAGCGCUCUGGUCCCUCUUAGUCCACGCACCCUGCUUGAAUCCACAGGCACAAAGUCCCUGCAAGAGGUCACCACAGUGGUUUUAGAAGACCUGGCGCCCUGCAGCCUGUCCACUCUCUCCCAAUGUGACCGACUGCAGUCCCUCACCCUCUGUCGCUGCGGCCUCCGGUCUUUGGAGGGCAUCAGCCAGUUGCAGGAGCUCUGCUACAUGGAUUUAGGGGAAAAUGAGAUCUCCUUCUUGGACUGUGAGAACAUGGGCAGUUUGAGAGUUCUCCGGCUCGCCCACAACAAGCUGACGUCCAUCCAAGGUUUAAACGGCGCUCAUAGUUUGGAUGUUCUCGACCUGUCUCACAACUCCAUCACUCGCAUCGCUGGUCUGGAGUCUAUGAGGAGGCUGCAGAGGCUGUUAGUGGCUCACAACCAGCUGAUUAGUACCAAAGGCCUUAAGGAUGUUUAUACUCUCCACCACCUGGACUGCUCUCACAACCAUCUGGCAAACGUUGAGGGUCUGGAGAACAGUGCUCUUCUCCACACUCUGGAUCUAAGGUCCAACAGCCUUACUGAGCCUCCCAGCCUGAACAACCAGGUUCUCCUCAGAGAGCUGCUUCUGGACGAUAACAGCAUCUCUUCCCUGCACGGCCUCACUGGCUGCUGGCUUCCUCUGCUGCUGCGUCUCUCUGUCGCACAAAACAGAAUAACCCAGCUGCCCUCCAUGACUGACUUUGUGUCUCUGAAAUAUUUGGAUCUGAGAUUCAACUGCCUGUCAGAGUUACAAGAUGUGUGUGGGAAUCUGGAGGGAUGUGUGUUUCUACAGGAAGUUCACCUGACAGGGAAUCCUCUUCAGCAGGAGACUGAUUGGAAGUUCAAAUUGCAGAAAGCAGUGGCUGGCCUGAAGGCCGCGGACGGCCAGCAGACACACUCCUCUCUCAGCUUGGCCACAGACAGUUUCCUCAUGCUCUGUCAAGUGCAGCUUCAGCAGACUCAGGAUUUACAACAGCGACUCAGCAGGGAGCUCAGAAAUGCUUCAUCUUCUCUGGAUGCUAUGAAAAGCUGUUGCCAUCACUUUACUCAGGCUUUGCAGCUAGCUGAGGACCAGAGAUUUGCUCAUGAAUAUGGUGACAUCACUCUGUCUGCAGUCCAAGCAAGGCCCGAGAAACCGCCGGACAUGGACGGUAGAAGUCUGGGAAAGCUCACAGAUUCCUUGAAAACCGAGUCUGCUGCCAUACGACCUCCUGACAGCCUGAGCAGAAACCAGCCCGGACGUUCUGAGGACACGCCAGAUGAAAAGAGCCCACAGGAUACAUUUGGAAGUGUUACAACAGGUCAGAGGUCGACAACGGAGUCAAAUGUUGCCAGAGGUUUUGUUGACUUUCUCCCUUCAUAUGGAGAAAGAACCUCCACCAGUUUGGACAUGGAACCAGACGACUUGGACAGUAAAAAUGCAGCGGCCACUGUGCUUCAGAGGAUGCAGAGGACAUCCGGGGAGAAAUGUGGACAUGCUGAAGCCUCGGAUAUUAGAGGAGAUGCAGACAAGCCGUUGUUUGAGAUUUCCAUUAAUAACAUGAACGCCGCUGGUGAAAACCACGCAGCAACUGUUAUACAGGCGUUUUGGAAGGGCUGCACACUAAGGAGGAGACUCGCAUCCGCCUUCGCUGCCUUCACGUGCCCGGACGCAGGAGAGGACGACACCUUCGAGGAGCUGGACCUGGAGGAAUUUGUCGUCGAUGAGUCAGCACUGGAGGAACACUGGACAAUGACCUUCUCUGAGGAUUCCUCUUCUAUGCGUCAUCCUGUGACAGAGCAACAUUUACCUCCACAGGUUGUAUUUCAGCCAAUGCAGGCCUGGGUGACUGACGAGAAAGAAGAAGAAGUGGAAGAAGAAGAAGAUUCAGUAUGGAGUUCUACUAGAAGCAAGACUCCAGUUUCAACCUGGAUUCAGAGUGGUCUGUCUGAAAGAUCAGAAAAAAUUCUACAAGAAUGGGGCUUUACCAAUAGCCGCACAGCUUUUCUUAUGCUGAAAAGAGCUCAGAAGAUGAAGGCGACCAAAAAGCAGCAGAAAAAACACGGAAAUCCCUUUGUCAGUGUUGCCUUCAGUGGGUGCAAUUACCAAAUAAACUCAGUGGAGGCGAGGAGGAGGACUACACGAUGCGGCAGACAAACUUUAGGAGUCGGCGAGGCCCAGUUGGGUCUUCGGUGGGCAGAGCAACCGGAGCAGACGAGGAGGCAGCAAGCUGAGCAACAGCUGAAGACGCAGGUCGCUCUGCGUGAGCGGCGCUCAGAGAGGGGACAAUUUUUACCAGAGAUAAAAUCAUCCAUUCUGAGCAGAGGCACAGUUCAGGCUGCGGCAUGUGGAGCUCAACCCAACGCCACAAGACUCUGCUCCAACAGCAGUUUGAUCGCCCCACUCGGCAUUGUGAACAGAAGCAACGUGACUUGUGCUGGUAAAGACGCUCUACCCCCCAGACGAGUCGCAUCCCCUGUGGUAAAAAAGGAGCGCAUCUCUUUCCGGGACAACCCCGUCCAGCUGAGCGGCGGCUGGGGUGGAGGCAGGAAGAGGGACAGAUUGCCUAAGUAA